GUGCGCCUGCGCGGUGUUUCCAGCGCUAGUGGAGCUGAAGGGCGCAGCGCGGCGGAGCAGCUCUCAGUGUCGGUGUGGCGACAUUUCACCGAAAAUGCUCAAAUUCUUGCCAAACUUACUGCUGCUGGCGCUGCUAGCAUUCCCGGCGACCCUUUUCGUGAAAGGCCCAUUAGUGGCUGCACAGGAUGUUACAGAGGAAGAAGAGGCAGCUGAUGAAGAUUCAACCGAUGAUGUGAUUGCAGAGGAUGAGGAUGAUGAAGCAGAGGUGGAAGAUGAUGACAACACAGAAUUAACUGAAGAAAAAGAUGAAGAGGAGGAAGAAACACUAGCAGGGGAGGUGAAGCCUUCCCCUAAUGCUGAUACAACAAUUCUUUUUGUCAAAGGAGAGGACUUUCCAGCCAACAACAUUGUGAAAUUUCUACUGGGUUUCACCAACAAAGGCAGUGAAAAUUUUGUUGUUGAGUCUUUGGACGCCUCAUUCCGCUACCCUCAGGACUUCCAGUUUUACAUCCAGAACUUCACCGCUCUCCAGCUGGGCACAGUGGUCCCUCCUCAGCGCCAAGCCACGUUUGAGUACUCAUUUAUCCCUGCUGAACCCAUGGGUGGUCGCCCCUUUGGCUUGGUCAUUAACCUCAACUACAAAGACAGCAAUGGUAACGUUUUCCAAGAUGCAGUAUUUAACCAAACUGUCACCAUCACCGAGAAGGAAGAUGGACUGGAUGGAGAAACGAUUUUCAUGUAUGUGUUCCUCUCUGGGCUUGGACUGCUGGUUGUUGUUGGCUUGCAUCAGCUACUGGAAUCCAGGAAGAGGAGACGACCUGUGGCAAAGGUAGAGAUGGGCACCUCCAACCAUAAUGACGUGGACAUGAGUUGGAUUCCUCAGGAGACGCUUAAUCAGAUCAUGCAGAGUCGGCGAGAUAAGGCUUCCCCCAGAAGAUCACCUCGCAAGAGGACGCAGAAGCGUUCAGCUGGAUCAGAUGAGUGAAGAGGGUGUAACACUGCAGCGGUACGCUGUACUGAGCUCAGUCGGCUGGAGCCCAACAGCCCUGUCCAUAGUCCAGCACUCUUAGAGACUGGUCCACACAUGCAUACAUCCUAACUACUUACCAAUGAAAAAAGAAAAACAUCAAGGGUGAAUAAAAAUGUAAAACUACUCCACUUAAUGUAACCAUUUUUUUUUUUUUUUUUUGCCUUUUGAGUGGAGAUUUUGUUAAUUUUGUGCACUGGCUAAAUUAAGCUUUUGGGUUUUUUGUUUUGUCCCCCCCUCUUUUGGGUUUUUUUUUAAGGAGGGGGGGGGUGAGUUCAUCUUUGUGGAUAUGUUGAGAGGCGUAACCAUGCAGAUGUUUUCUGGAAAGCCAUGCCUCUGGACACUGUUUUUAAAAAAAAAAAAAAAAUUUUUUCUUCUCUCUCUUCCCCUUUCAGCACUGAUUCUCUUCAUACCCACACGCAUGCAUUGCUGUGGUUGAUGGCUGACGUUUCUGCCACAUUUUGAAGUGCACUGUGGGUUUUUUGUUUGGUUUUUCUUUUUGUUGGUUUUUGCCAUUCAGCAGUUUUACUGAUGGAGGAUUGUUGACUGUAUCACAUUGUAAUAAUGGACUCAAUUGCUCUCAAUGUGCCUGUUUUUCUUCUGGGUCUCUCAUCUUUCUUUAUUUCACUUCUCAUACUAUUGCCAGAUUCAUUUUACAAGUGUGUUUUUCAGGACUUUAAAAUCUCAUAAUUUGCUGAAGCACUGGUGUACAUACUGGGUAGUGCGGGGGAGGGGUGGGGAAAUCUACAGUUAAUUUAUUUCUUGUUAAUGCCAGGCCUAUGAUUUUUAUACUGUAUCUUAUGGCAUGAAUUUGGAUGCCCAUGUCUAGUACUUGUGUGCUUUAAAAGCGUAGUACACUACUGUACCCAGAUGGGCCCUCGUCUUUAAGAUACUGUGGGCUAUGCCAGUCCAUGGUAAAUCAGCAGUCAGUGCUUUGUACUUAGUUGUACAUGCUUUUUAGUAGGUGUAUUUGAUUUAUUGACUGACAACUUUCCUACUGAUGAUUUUACGGUUGACUGAUGUCUUUACAAAUCAUUUAAUUCUAAAAAAAAAAAGCUGUCAACUUGGUUGGAUUGCUUUAUGCUUGAGCUGAAGUCAGAUGUCUCUUCCUUGUCAUGGCUUUCUCUCAUUGGACUGUUUAAUCUCAACUAUUUUGCAAAAGUACUCCAAAAGGUUGUCCCAGUAUUUUUUAAUAUCUUUUUUUUUUGUUGGAACAAAAUGAGUGUAAUUAACAGAUCUUGCCACUUAAGCAGAUGUUAAAACUGAAAAUUGAAAAGUUGUCAGUUUGCCUGAAAAGUAAAAAGAAAAUAAAGGUAGAAAGAACUUGCA